UCGAACCUCCACCAACAAAGUAAAGUUCAACUCAUUAACUAACUAAGCUAUUACGAUUGUUGUAAUUUUUUUUUCUAGUGCCUUUUGUUUCUUUGACUUGUAUUAGAUUUAUUCGAAAUAACCUCCCUACACUACAUUUGACAUUUUUGAGUUUGGGGGGUUAAAGAGGAAGACGCAAGUGGCUAACUCUGGAUUGGGUUUGUCUCGUAGUAGUCGGCUUACCUAUUUCUCCCUUUCAUCUUCUAAACCUUCAAACUCCUCUCUCAACCUCUCGCUCUUUCCUGCCAGAGUUUCCAUUCCUCCAUUUUCCCUCGCAUGUAGAGAGGAGAAAAAAAAAAUAAUCAAGAAUGUCUCACGCAAUAUUUCAAACAUCACAAAUCAUGCCUAUCAAUAAUACCCAAAUCAUCCCUUCCUCUAAACCCUUGUUUCCCCCUUUACUCUGUCGCCCUUUUAGACCCUGUAAGGUUGGUAAAAUCGGGGUUAUCAAGGCUACUGCUUCUCCGGCAGUCGAUGGAGACCCAAUUUCCGGUUUGGAACGAUGCUUUCUGGAUUCACCUGCGCUUGAUUAUCCUUCUUCUUCUUCGUCCUCUUCGGUUGUGUAUGCCCCGGUAAUGAAGGGGAAACAGUACGGUUCGCUUGGUUCGGUUACUCUGGAAAAAUCGAAGCUUGAUUUGUCCCAAAAGCAGCAGACGAGGUCUAGUCCUGAGCUUGCAACUGGCGGAGGAGGUGGAAAUAUGGGAAAGAACCUAAAUCAUGGCGGCGGUGAUGGAGGUGAUGAUGGUGGUGAUGAUGAUGAUUACUUUGAUGAUUUCGAUGAUGGUGAUGAGGGAGAUGAGGGUGGGCUCUUUAGGAGACGAAUGAUGCUGCAGGAAUUGUUUGAUCGUAAAUUUGUUGAUGCCGUGCUGAACGAGUGGCAGAAGACAAUGAUAGAUUUACCACCUGGACUUCGGCAAGCCUAUGAAAUGGGAUUAGUCAGCUCUGCCCAAUUGGUGAAAUUUCUUGCUUACAAUGCUAGGCCUACCGUGGCUAGAUUUAUUUCUCGGUUACUUCCUGAAGGAUUAUCCAGGGCAUUCAAUGGCAGGAAGAUUGCAGAUCCGGCUUUUUUAAACAAGCUGCUUCUGGAGCAGGCAACUACAAUUGGUUGUUCAGUGUGGUGGGAGGUCAAAAACCGUAAAGAAAGGAUUAAGCAGGAAUGGGAUCUUGCUCUUCUUAACGUUCUAACUGCAACGGCUUGCAAUGCUGCUGUGUUUUGGACGCUUGCUCCUUGUCAAUCAUAUGGGAAUACUUUCCGCUACGACUUGCAGAACACGCUACAGAAGCUGCCAAACAAUAUCUUUGAAAAGAGUUAUCCUUUAAGAGAAUUUGACUUGCAGAAGAGAGUUCAUUCUUUUUUCUAUAAGGCUGCAGAGUUGUGUAUGCUUGGGCUCAGUGCAGGAGCUGUGCAGGGGGCUCUAUCAAAUCUUCUUGCCAGUAAAAAGGAGGGAAGGUUAUCAGUGUCUAUCCCAUCUGUGAGUAGUAAUGCGCUCGGUUAUGGGGCCUUCCUUGGUGUAUAUGCAAACCUGCGUUAUCAGCUGUUGAAUGGAUUUGACAGAGCAGUUUUCAACUACUUUGAUGUUAUUGGGGUGGCUGUUGCCUUCAGCACUGCCAUGAGAGUUUUGAAUGUUCAAGUAGGAGAGACAUCAAGGCUAGCUUGGCUUGGUGUGGAGGUGGAUCCACUGGCUCAUUCAGAUGAUGUCUUGAAGGCAUACAGUAGGCCUACCGAAGGAGGGCUUGAGCAGUCAUCUUCAAAAUGGUUCAUAUCCAAGAAUGCCAUUGUUUCUGGGCUUGGGCUUUUGGGUAUUAAGCAAGGUCUGAGUGACUCAACGGCUGAGGGUGAAACACCUGUUCCUAAGGCUCGAAGAAAAAGAAUAGUCAGGAAAAAAGUAGCAAGUUGAGCCUAGGUAGUUGAGAAUAGUAUCAUGUACUGCUCAAGUUUUCCAAACCCGAGUCUUGGAUAAUAAGUUUUGGUCUAAAGCACCAAUUACCAAGCAAUGAGAGCUGUGCUGCAUGUUUGGUUCCGAUCAUUGGAGUUGUCCACUGCAACAGGAGGUGAUUUUACUUGCCAUGCUGCGGAAGCUGCUUCACAGUUUUUCUCACCAUUCCUUUCUAGAUUUUAGUAGAAUGAGUACAAAGAUCUAAAGAUUGAAGUUUGCAAGUCUUUUCAAUGGCUAGGUGGUAGGUACAUUGCUGAUCAAUCUUUUAUAUUCAUAUGCCUAUAAUCUCAUGGCUACACUCUUCUUUAAAUGUUAUUUUUGAUGUUGUAUGAGGAUCAUGUUCUCUUGUUGGGCAAGGGAUCGAUCACCUUGCCUGAGUAGUGCUAGGGGAUUAGAACUUGGGUGAUUUUCACAUUUUUGUUUAUGUUUUUCCUAUUCCAACUAUGUACAACUUCCACAGCAGGAGUGAAUUGGUAACUCUUAUGUUCAGACAGCUUUUUAUUUGCAUAAAAGUUGCCAAGUGCUGGCAAAAACUUCAUGUCU